AGUGGAGCGAGGUUUUGCAACAGUGAACACGAUGUUUAUUUUGCGGAUCAGGACACGCACAGACUCAUGUCAAUAAUUCCUCGGACAAGUUGAAACUAGAGAAGACUGAUGAUGGUGAUGGUGAUGAUGUAAGCUUGGCGUCCAGCUGGUUUUAACACCGCUUGUGUGUCUGUGAGUGUGUGUGUAUGCGUGUAAUCCUUGUGUCUUGACACUUAACAUUGUUGCUCCACCUCCAUCGCCUUGAAUUGAAGUCGCAGUUGAGCAGCGGUAAGGCAGUUUCUCAAGAGGAAGCAGACAAGCGGGAGGCGGAUUGCUUUCAGUGAGGAGACGCACAGAAAAGUUGACGAUGGCAGAGAACAAGAUGGGCCCGAACCUCCAGGCUGGAGCUGGAUUCCUCGCCAAACGGGUCCAGAAGUCUUUGAAUCGAGCUCAGGAGAAGGUCCUGCAAAAACUGGGCAAAACCAUGGAGACCAAGGACGAACAGUUUGAACUAUGUUUCCAGAGCCUCAACAAACAACAGAUCGAUGGAACCAGGUUGUUUAAAGAUGUCAAAGCCUACCACACAGCUGUGAAAGCUGUGCAUGAGACAUCUAAGAGGCUGUCCCAGACGUUGCGAGACAUCUACGAACCAGACUGGAACGGAGUGGGGGACCUCGCUGUCAUUACAGAGAGUGAAGACUUACUGUGGAACGACUUUGAAGAGAAACUAUGUGACCAGAUUGUCCGCACCAUGGAGAACUACACAAGCCAGUUCCCUGAGGUCAAGGAGCGAGUAGCUAAACGUGGUCGCAAGCUGGUGGACUACGAUUCAGCACGUCACCACCUGGAAGCGCUACAGAAUGCAAAGAAAAAGGAUGAAGCCAAAAUAGCAAAGGCAGAGGAAGAGUUCAACAAAGCCCAGAAUGUCUUUGAAGAAAUAAAUAAUGAGCUGAGGGAGGAGCUGCCUGUUCUCUAUCAGAGCCGGAUAGGUUGCUACGUGACCGUGUUCCAAAACAUAUCCAACCUGAGAGAUGUCUUCUAUAAGGAAAUGAGCGUGCUGAACCAUGAGCUGUACAAUGUGAUGAAGAAACUGGAGACUCAACACUCGGGAAAAGCUUUCAUCAUCAAGGGUCUGAACAGCACAACAAGCAAGUCAAAGAAGAGAAAGUCUCUGGUUAUCUCCAAUCCCAUCCCUUGCAAUACUGCUUUCCCAGCUGACCAUGUCUCCAUCCAUGCAUCCACUGAAAAUGGAAAAGACGCUGUGCCCUCUUCCCCUGUCCAACGACCUCAAAGCAUCUCUGAAGAACCUGUCCCACCAGAAGAAAGUUCUGUUUCAUCCAAAGAUGUCAACUCGUCAGACUCCGAUCUCAGCUCCAGCGGUGCCAACACACCUAAGAGGCAGUCAGUGUGUGACAAUGAGAACAGCGACAGGAGCACAGGGAGUCAGAGUCCAGCAGUGGCAGAGGCAGAGGCAGAGGCAGAGGCAGAGGCAGUGGCGGAGGCAGAGGCAGUGGCGGAGGCAGAGGCAGUGGCGGAAGCAGAGGCAGUGGCGGAAGCAGAAGCUGAACUUGCUACAAGCCAGUCGGAUGACUCUGGGGUGGUAGUACCAGUGUCGGAGGCCACAAGUCAGGAGGCGUCCAAUCCCUCUGAUUCUGCAGAUAGUGCCCCACAGAGUCCAGAGCAGGAGACUGUGAGUGAUCCACCAGCAGAGGAGGCCAAGCCCAAACCUCCACCAGUCCCGGCCCCUCGCAUCUCCUUCCGCUCCACGGAAAAACCCCGUAUCUUACCUGCUGAGGAGCAGGAGGAGACAGAGGAAGCAUCAGUCCACCAGGAGACAGCUGACUCAGGAGAUGACUCCCGCUCAGACAAUCCACCAGGCUUCCUAUACAAGGGGGUGGCAUUAGAGAGCCAUGAAGCAUCUGAAGACGGCCUGCUCCAGUUUGAAGAGGGAGACAUCAUCCUGGUGCUUGCUGACACUCAAGAGCAGGAAGGCCUGGUGAAGGGGAUCAGGGAGGAGAGUUGGAACCAGCACAGGGAUCUACAAAAUCACUGUGGGAUCUUCCCGGAAAAACUCCUCCGGCCUGUCGAAGCAGAGUGAGGCAAUAGUCAGUCCUCAGUCUGUAAUACGUUAUUCUUCCAUCGAGCAGUUGGUGACUCACACACUCUCACACACACACACACAUUCACACACACCCACACACAGAGGGAGUGAACCCAUAUGUUGUGGGUGCAGAAGCUGUACAAACAGAUGAGCACAAGUCCCACGUGGGGCUUCACAUGCAAUGAUGUUGCAACCUGUGGAACAAAAGCAACUGAGCUUUAGAACAUUUUGUGAAAGAGUGUUUGGAUCAUUAAAUGUUACAGUAUUUUCUUCUUUUUGCAUUUUCAAAGUCUUUCCGUGAAACACUGUGAAACAAAAAAAGUUUUUAUAUUGAUGCUGUGAUCUUGUAAAAUUCCCUAAUAAAGUUUCUAAGUAAAAGAGAA